AUGUCAGACAGCCUCGCCAGCGCGACCGCCGCCGGGUGGGUGGCGGGCACGCUUGAGAUCUCCGUCACCUUUCCAUUCGAAUACAUCAAGACGCAGAUGCAGCUCCAGCAGGAGGCUUCGGCGCUGUUCGCCGGCAAGGACCGAUUUCGCAGCCCAUUCCAUUGCGCAGCGGCCACUGUUCGCGAGCGUGGCGUUCUUGGCCUGUAUCGCGGCGGCUUGUCGUGGGCGAUCUUUGGCGGCCCGCGCUCCGCGGUACGCUUCGGGACUUUUGAGACGCUGACGGCAGCGUCGCAGCGACGCGGGAUGCAUCAGCGGCUUGGCACGCCGACCGCCGACACCAUCAACGGGUUCGCGGCGGGGAUGGCCGAGGCGGCCUUGUGUCAGACGCCCAACCAAGUGAUCGCCAUCAAGAUGAUCCACGACCAGUCGCCGCGCGGGCCGCGUCAAUACGAGGGGUUGGUGCACUGCGUGGCCUGCAUCUGGCGCGCCGAAGGUGUCGCCGGAUAUUUCCAGGGCGUGGGGCCGGCGGUCACCAAGGGGGCUGCCACCAACGCGAUCCGCUUCCUCGGCUUUGGCCAGCUCAAGCGGCUGGCGCAGGGGCCGGCCGGCGCGGAUGGCACGCCUCCGCCCCCGCUCGCUACCUGGCAAGCGAUGCUGUGCGGCGGCAUCGCCGGCGCUGUGUCCGCGGUCGCGACGCAGCCCAUCGACACGGGUACAACGCGACGCCAGCACUGGCGCGGACACACCCAGCACUCUAACCCAACUUGUGAACUCGAACAGUCAAGGCGAACAACAGCGAAGGCCAGGGCAGCACUGGCAAGAGUCGAGUGA